ACAAAACUGUUCGCGCUGCUUGAAACACUUCAUAAAAUUCAGUGAUAAAGCAUAAUUAAUAAACGGAUAGUAGUAAUUAAGUAAUAGACUAGUUUUUAAGUGAAAGUUUAGGCUUGUCUCUGAAGCGUAGUGAGGAAAAUACACAACGCUCUGCCAGCAGACAUAAAAAUGUUGUGAAGCUUAUGUUGGAGGAAAAAUCGAAAUUGUGGUAAACAUUGUGAAGGAAUGUGCAAAAUGUAAGGAGAUUUGUUAUGGAAGUAUUCCUUAAUAAAUGUUUUGCCAAUUCAGAAAAUUUCGGCUCCGAAAGGCAGUGAAGUUUUGCGAAUUUUGUUAGUGAAAUUUUGGGCAUUUUGGGGUGUGUAGGGCUUGAGUAGUAAAAGUGUUGACGCUGCCUUUUCUUUAUCGAUUAAAGCCGCGCAAGUUGUUGCUGGCUUUUUACUUAAGCUGUCAACAAUUGCGACACUCAUAAGUGAUUACGUGGAAGCGCUUUUACAGUGCGGAAUCGCGAAAUGAAAAGAGUUGCGGAAAAUAGAGUUACUCUUCUUCGGUAAAUUUGUACUAACUAUAACGGUAAUAAAAACACGUUACUCGAUGUUGUGAUUUCACGAGAAAUUGCGAAAGCAAAAACAUUUCUAGUUUUGACUUAAAAAAAAUCGGCAUUUCGCUUAAGUAAAUUUCCUCGCCUGCGCGCCGCAAAGUAGACUAAACUAUUUGCAUUUGUGCUGCGGGCAGCGAAUGUGUCCCUUAUUGCAACAAAGACAACAAUUUCGCAUUGAAUCGUCUAUCCACUGAUUAUCAAGAACAUUUGUACACCUUGAGAGUGCAUAGAAUUGUUAAAAAGCGGAAAUGGAAUCCGCGCAGGCAACAACUUAUGAACCGUUAGAAGGUCGCGGCGCCGGCAUACGGCAUGAGCCCAUGGACAGUCCGGAGGCGGACGUACGCGCACCCAAAGAUCACAAACAUUCCGUGUAUGUAGCAUUGUUGGCCGCUGGUAUUGGCUUUGUGUUGCCCUAUAACAGUUUUAUCAUCGCUGCCGACUACUGGCAGGCACGCUUCCCCGGGCGCUCCGUGGCAUUGGACAUGUCCAUGACGUAUAUAAUUGUCGCCUUUGCCACUGUUCUACUCAAUAACGUUUUUCUAUCGCUGGCGCCAUUUCGCGUGCGUAUUCUUUUCGGCUACGUGGUGUCCUUUACCACACUCAUCUUUGUGGCCGUCUGUGAGGUUGCAUUUCAUAUGUUCGCCGCCAAUACGGCGUACUCAGUGAACUUGGCUGCUGUGUCUUUGGUGGCCAUCGGCUGCACAGUCCAACAAUCUAGCUUCUAUGGUUUUGCUAGCAUGUUACCGAAGCAGUAUACCCAAGCGGUAAUGGCUGGAGAGAGUAUUGCAGGAUUUUUGGUAUCUUCCAAUCGUGUGGUCACAAAGAUGUUAAUACAAAAUGACCGACUAUCAACGGUGAUCUUCUUUCUCACUUCGACACUGUAUGUGCUACUCAGUUACGCAAUGCAUUUAUUCACUAUUAAUUCACCGUUUGUACGGUACCAUAUGAAGGCGUGUGCAAAGAUUGUACUCCGGCCUGAUGAAGAUCGACUGCAAAAUGACCUCGACGGUGACACGCCCAUUGCCAAAUACGGUGUAUUAACGCUGGAGCCCACUUCGCCGCCGGCAAAUGCGACAAAUAGCACAACAGGCGCACUGAGCUUCAGCAAUCCCGUUUAUGAGCUUUCCAAUCCAACGGCUGGUGAAAGUGUAAUAGAGGGACUCAAUAGUUUGCCGGAUAUGCCAAGCACUCCGCAAGAGCCCACUACGCCGACCACAGUGGCUUUCAAGGUAGAGCACGUACUGACGCCCGGUACUUGUACGCCCGGCAAGCUGAGCGAUCUGAAAAAUGGCUUUGUCUCACGUUGGACCGUCGCCCAAGCGAUCUAUCCAUACAUGGUGUGCAUCGCGCUGGCCUACUGCGUCACACUCUCGCUAUAUCCUGGCAUCGAAUCGGAGAUUAUUUCAUGCAGUCUCGGCACAUGGCUGCCAGUGCUGCUUAUGUUUACCUUCAAUACGGCGGACGUGAUUGGAAAACUGCUGGCUGCUCUGCCAUAUCCAUGGUCACGACGUCAGUUAAUAUUAAUGUCUGGUUUACGCAUCGUUUUGGUGCCGUUAUUGCUCUUGUGCUGUGCGCCGCGUCAUCAACCUGUCAUUUCUGGCGAGACAGCCGCUUUUAUUUUCACAAUCGGUUUGGGCGUUAGUAACGGUCUCGCUGGCAGUCUUCCAAUGAUGCUGGCGCCAGCCAAAGUACCCGGCACACUUAAAGAAGUGACCGGCAACAUGAUGACACUUUCGUAUAAUGUCGGCUUAACGACUGGUUCACUCAUCGGUUAUGUCUUUGAAUCCAUGCUGGGUGCACAGCUCACCAAUCCUUGUCCGACCUACCCGUACGCACCGGCCUCAAUGUUAGACCCAACCGGCGCGCAUGCGCAACUAAUCAGCACUACUAGCACGUCAAGCACCGCUGCACCCAUUUUGAACACGACAGCCGUUGCUGCGGCGCUGUUUACCACAACAGUUUCCACAUUAUUACCGACCACCGAAGCGAGCACAACCGCUUUGGCGACCACAACAGCAGCGGCAGCUGUGUCCACAACCAGCACAACGGUGGCGCCGCUGUUGCCCACGUUAAUAACGCCGACUACCGCCUUGGUGACCUCCACAGCGGCGGCGAUUUUGAGUUCGGUAGCGGGCACCAUCGACAAUGUAGUCUCCGCCGUUGUAAGCACAGUCUCAACGGCGGCUCUGGGCGACUUGACUGGCGAGACGAGCAUAAGCACCACAGAUCCCCAAACGCCAAUAGAGCUGAUGCAACAGAUUUAAACGGUUUGUGUGGCGGGUUUUAACAUGAUUGUGGAGCGAGACUGAAAGGUGUUUUAGUAAAGACCAAAAGUAUUUAAAAUGGCUUGAAAGGCGUUUUAGAGCUGCAAGAUCGCUAUAAUAUUUGACAAAUUUGCUGUGGUUUAUGAAGUAUUGUAAAUAGCUGCAUUAAGUGUUUGUAUUCAGGUCGAACAAUUUGUGGGUGUGUUAAGUUUUCUUUUUAUGUACAUAGACCUCGCUAUGUGUGCUUGACUGAGAUGGUGGUGGUCGUGUUUAUAAUGUGAAACUAGAAUUCUGACAUAAACGAAUUACAGAACUACACCCAUUUUAUUUCACAGAACCCAAAGCAUGAAACAAAGUUGUUACCAACAAUAAGCGGAAAAAGGUUUUAAAAAAGAGAUAAUACAUUUUACUCAUAGUACUUGCUGCUAACGGCAUGUCAUACUCAUAGCAAACAUAAAAUAAUAUACUCAUACUGAUAAUUAGCUUAUAUACAUAAAAACGUUCAUACUUAGAUACUGAUGAUUCCAAGUAACUGAAGUAAAAAAAACACAUUCGAGUAAGAAUUUGCGCCUAAAGGUAGGCCACGUAAAUUUAACCGAUUUUAAUAUUUUUUCGCAGUAACAAUAAGCUAAAGCCGAGGUCAACUUUUAAGCGCCAAGUGCGAGUAAAAUUCCGCACCUAUAGGUAGGCUACAAGGUUGCUUACUUUUAAGCGCCGAUUUUUUAACUCGACUAUGUGCGCUCGUAUUUCAAAGACUUGCUUGUUUGUUUUUAUGUACUCCUAAAAAUCACCCUAACUUAUACUCAGUUAUAAAUAAUAUAUGAAAAUUGAAGUAUUACGAAACCCGUAAAUCGCGUGCAAUUCAGUGGAUAUGUGCUAGAAACUAAAAACUAAAACCAAAACACUUAUAAAACGCGUUUAACUCAAAAAUCUAAAGGGCAGUUGGUACUUAAGUAAAUAUAAUAUAUUAAAAGACAGUGUGACGAAUACUUUUAGGCGUAUUACUAUGUUUUUCCAGCGUAACCAAAAGGGCUGAUAGAAAUCUAAAUUCUUAAAAUGACAUGAGAUAUAUUUUUAAUAUGUGCAUACAUAACUACAUACAUAAGAUUUAAAAAUAAAAGGGAAAUAACUAAAAUAAAAGAACCGACUUGAAGGUAUAGCAAUCGGAUUUGCCGAAAACUGCGUCAUAGUAACUAAAACCAAAUUUUUUGAAUUCUAUUAUUUGAAAUUUGCAGUUUCCGUUGCUUACAUUUUCCGUUUUGUGCCUUAUUCUCAAUAUUAAAUGUUUUUUUUUUGUGAUGCGUUGUUAAGGAGAUUUACUGCGCUGGGUUUCCAAAUUAUGCAAUACUAACGAAAAUAUUAAUAUUUAUUACUGAUCUUUUAAUUGAUCACUGAAGACUUUCUGAGAUUCUCACGUCACUAAGAAAAUCGUAGAGUACAUUUGAAAACUAUCUAUUUCCGAUCCCUCUCAUAGAAUAAUAAAAUCUUCAUUUAUCGUCAAAGCGAUUUGUGGCUGACUCAAUUCUGACGAGGCGACUUUUUAAGGAUCCAGGUAAUUCGUAAGAAUAACAGAAGAAAAGAGAUCCGAGAUGGUUAUGUUUGUCUUAUGGAUAUAUUGAUGACAUUCUUCAUCCCAAUUCUGUUUGUCAUGAAGUUGCUCGAUUCAGCUAAUAAUGAAGCUAAGCAAUUCUUCACUAGAUUUGAGCGAAUCUUGUCUAUUCUAGUUUCAAGUACUGAAAGGUUACAGUUAUUUAAGAAUAUUUGUUACAAGCAGUUGAGAUUUUCUUAGAAAACCCUAUACAUGAGAAAACAAGUAAUUUGUUGAAAGAAGGCUGAGCUUUGUCUGGAUUUAACUGAUUUUUGAGCGGGUCGAGUAUUUGUUUCGAGACGUCACACACUGGGCACUGAAGCUCCGCAUAUCAAACCCACUGUUAGUCUUAUGUAAAAUUAAGCCUUGUCUUGUCACAAAUUUCAAAUUAUUUCAGUUACCUAUUUCUUUUUUAUCACUUUUUCUUUUCAUAUAAUUAUUUUAUAAUAUUCAUCGCUAUUUUUUUAAAGAAACCUAGACUUGGUUAUCCUGUAGCAGCUCUAUAGUCUUUGGCAGCUCCUAAAAAGUAUCCCUAAAAUCAAAAGACAAGAAGAAAUUAUAAAAACUAUAUAGUUUCAUACAAGUACAUAUAUAGCAAAUGCAAAUGCAAAAACAAAAACAAAAAUGGCAACUGUUAUCAUUGUUCGUGAAAUAUGUAUAUUUGUUGUACGUACUCGUAUGUUAUCGUGAUUUUGUUUAAAUUUAUAAGUCGUAACACGAAAUGGCAAUGUGAAAUGUUUUGUGACUUUUUUGAUAAGCAAAAGCUAUGAAUAUUGUUUAUCGAUCGGUGGUAAUUAUAAUAUGAAUAUGCGGGAAGAUACAUUGUAAGUUAAUAGAAAUAUGAAUAAAGUGAA